GCAGCAGCGAUGGCGAAGCCCCGCAGCCGGCGGUGCGUGUGGUCGUGCGUGGCUGCGGUGCUGGCCUCUUUCCUGGCCGGCUUCCUGGCGGGCUGGUUCAGUAAGCCUCUUCAGCAAACAGCCUCCUCUCUACGCCAUCCUGAGAGUAACCGAGGGAAACUGGUAUCUGAGAUGAAAGCGGAAAACAUCAGGUCAUUUCUUCAUUCUUUCACAAGGCUCCCUCAUCUGGCAGGAACAGAACAAAAUUUGCUUCUUGCCAAAAAAAUCCAGACCCAGUGGGAGAAGUUUGGUUUAGAUUCAGCACAGUUGGUUCAUUAUGAUGUUCUUCUCUCUUUCCCGAAUGAGACGAAACCCAGCUAUGUGUCAAUUCUGGAUGAACAUGGAGUGGAGAUUUUUAAAACAUCAUACCUUGAGCCACCACCAGAUGGAUAUGAAAAUGUUACAAAUAUUGUACCUCCAUACAAUGCCUUCUCAGCUCAGGGUAUGCCAGAGGGAGAUCUCAUAUAUGUGAACUAUGCUCGUACUGAAGAUUUUUUUAAACUGGAAAGAGAAUUGGGUAUCAAUUGCACUGGAAAGAUAGUUAUUGCAAGAUAUGGGAAAAUCUUCAGAGGAAAUAAGGUGAAAAAUGCCAUGUUGGCGGGGGCCAUAGGAAUCAUCUUGUUCUCAGACCCAGCUGACUAUUCUGCCCCCGAUGUCCAGCCGUACCCCAAAGGAUGGAACCUUCCUGGCACGGUAGCCCAGAGAGGGAACGUGCUUAACCUCAAUGGUGCUGGGGACCCACUCACACCAGGCUAUCCAGCUAAAGAGUACACCUUUAGACUUGAUGUUGAAGAUGGAGUGGGGAUCCCACAAAUUCCUGUACAUCCCAUUGGAUAUAAUGAUGCAGAAAUAUUAUUACGCCGCAUGGGUGGAAGUGCCCCGCCAGAUGAGAGCUGGAAAGGAGGUUUGAAUGUGGCUUAUAACAUUGGUCCUGGCUUCACAGGGAAUGGUUCUCUCAGUUCUAGGAAGGUUAAAAUGCAUGUUCAUAACACUAAUAAAAUAACCAGGAUUUACAAUGUCAUUGGAAUGAUCAGAGGAUCUGUGGAACCUGACAGAUAUGUCAUUCUGGGAGGACACCGGGACUCCUGGGUGUUCGGAGGCAUCGACCCGACCAGCGGAACAGCCGUUUUGCUGGAGAUCGUCCAGAGCUUUGGGAAACUGCUGAGGAGAGGAUGGAGGCCUCGGAGGACCAUCAUUUUUGCCAGCUGGGAUGCAGAGGAAUUUGGACUUCUGGGUUCUACGGAAUGGGCCGAGGAGAACACAAAAAUACUCCAGGAGAGAAGCAUUGCUUAUAUUAACUCAGAUUCAUCUAUAGAAGGCAACUAUACUCUCAGAGUUGACUGCACACCCCUUCUCUAUCAAUUGGUAUAUCAGCUGACAAAAGAGAUCGCUAGUCCUGAUGACGGCUUCGAGAACAAAUCUCUUUAUGAAAGCUGGUUGGUAAAGGACCCUUCAUUGGAAAAUGAAAACCUUCCUAGAAUCAACAAACUGGGAUCUGGCAGCGAUUUCGAAGCUUUCUUUCAGAGACUUGGAAUUGCUUCAGGCCGAGCCCGCUACACGAAGAACCGGAAAACAGAUCGUUACAGCAGCUACCCGGUCUAUCAUACAAUCUAUGAGACGUUUGAAUUGGUAGAGAAAUUUUAUGACCCCACAUUUAGAAAGCAGCUUUCUGUUGCUCAGUUACGAGGAGCAUUGGUUUAUGAGCUCGCAGACUCUCAAAUCAUUCCUUUCAAUAUUCAAGACUAUGCAAAAGCUUUGAAAAGCUAUGCUACGAGUAUCAGCAAUUUAUCCAAGAAGCAUGAACAACAAUUGAGAGACCAUGGAGUAACAUUUGAUGCCUUGUUUUCUGCUGUGAAAAACUUCUCAGAAGCUGCCUCUGAUUUUCAUAGAAGACUUAUGCAAGUUGAUGUUAAUGAUCCCAUUGCAGUGAGAAUCAUGAACGACCAACUGAUGUUGCUGGAACGAGCAUUCAUUGACCCACUUGGUUUACCAGGAAGGCGGUUCUACAGACACAUCAUCUUUGCACCGAGUAGCCACAACAAAUAUGCUGGAGAAUCAUUUCCUGGGAUUUAUGAUGCUAUGUUUGAUAUAGAAAAUAAAGAAGAUCCUCAUUCAUCAUGGAAAGAAGUAAAGAAACACAUUUCUGUUGCAGCCUUUGCCAUCCAAGCAGCUGCAGGGACUCUGGAAGAAGUGUGA